CUAGUGCCUAUUUGUGCAGCAGUAUUAAAGUCCGUGCUCACAGAUGCCUACCAACAUGUACAUGUGCGUCGCUGUUGGACUGGGCGCCGCUUGCCUUAGCCUGACCGCGUGCUUCAUAACCGACAAAACGUACCGUCGCCGUCAACCGCAAGCUUGUUGCAUGCCAACACGCUACACAUCAAGCCACCAUGAGGUUCAUGAUCGAUGACUUACCUGUGCUGUUCCCAUAUCCCAGGAUAUAUCCUGAGCAAUAUGCCUACAUGUCGGAUCUCAAACGAACGCUUGACGCGGGCGGCCACUGCGUGCUUGAGAUGCCUUCGGGAACCGGCAAGACAGUCUCUUUACUUUCACUUAUUGUUGCAUAUCAACAGUUCUACCCAGAACAUCGCAAAUUGAUCUACUGCUCACGUACGAUGUCGGAGAUUGAGAAGGCUCUGGCUGAGCUGAAGGCACUAAUGAAGUACCGAGCUGAUCAGCUUGGUGAGGUGGAAGACUUUCGAGGACUGGGCUUGACCAGUCGGAAGAACCUUUGCCUACAUCCGUCAGUAAAACGUGAGAAGAGCGGCUCUGUCGUCGAUGCGCGCUGUCGUAGCCUGACUGCCGGCUUCGUGAAGGAGAAGAAGGAACGUGGCGAAGAUGUUGAUUUGUGCAUCUACCACGACAACCUCGACCUUCUCGAGCCGCACAAUCUAAUACCACCCGGUGUCUGGACGCUUGACGGCAUGUUACGCUACGGUGAGCAGCACAAGCAGUGUCCCUACUUCACCGCGCGGAGAAUGAUGCCAUUCUGUAACGUGAUCAUCUACUCAUACCACUAUCUGCUCGACCCCAAGAUCGCCGAGCGUGUCUCCAGAGAGCUGUCAAAGGACUGCAUCGUUGUGUUCGACGAAGCACACAAUAUUGACAAUGUCUGCAUCGAGUCACUAAGCAUCGACUUGACAGAAGAGUCCUUGCGACGAGCCGGUCGAGGCGCGCAGAACCUUGAAGACAAGAUCAAGCAGAUGAAGGAGACCGACGCUGAGAAGCUUCAGAACGAGUAUGCAAAGCUUGUAGAAGGCUUACGGGAAGCAGAUCAAGCACGCGAGGAAGAAGCGUUCAUGUCGAAUCCUGCUUUGCCAGAUGACCUACUAAAAGAGGCUAUACCAGGCAACAUCCGCCGAGCCGAGCACUUCACAGCCUUCCUAAAAAGAUUCAUUGAGUACCUCAAGACGCGUAUGAAAGUGUUGCAUGUCAUUUCCGAGACGCCACCCUCGUUCCUGGCGCAUCUGAAGGAGCUGACCUUCAUCGAGAAGAAGCCGCUGCGCUUCUGCGCCGAGCGUCUCACCUCGCUUGUCCGGACUCUCGAACUCACCAACAUCGAGGACUACCAGCCGUUGCAGGAAGUCGCCAGCUUCGCCACUCUCGUUGCAACAUACGAGACCGGAUUCUUACUGAUACUGGAACCUUACGAAUCAGACACCGCUACCGUACCCAAUCCAGAGUUGCAUUUCACCUGUCUUGACGCAGCAAUCGCCAUCAAGCCGGUCUUUGAUCGCUUCAGCUCCGUCAUCAUCACCUCUGGAACCAUCUCGCCGCUUGAGAUGUAUCCGAAGAUGCUGGGCUUUAGCACCGUCGUUCAGGAAUCGUAUGCCAUGACGCUCGCGCGUCGCUCUUUCUUACCGAUGAUAGUCACACGCGGCUCAGAUCAGUCGCAGAUGUCAACGGGAUUCCAGACGCGAGACGAUCCGCAAGUGGUGCGAAACUAUGGCAACCUGCUGAUAGAGUUCUCGAAGCUGACUCCGGACGGCAUCGUGGUCUUUUUCCCGUCCUAUCUCUACAUGGAGCGAGUCAUCUCUUCAUGGCAGUCGAUGGGCAUCCUUGACUCUGUGUGGAAGAGCAAGCUGAUCUUAGUGGAGACGCCUGACAGCCAAGAGACCUCGCUUGCCUUGGAAACAUACCGCACAGCCUGCAGCAAUGGCAGGGGUGCCGUGCUGCUCUGCGUCGCCCGGGGUAAAGUGUCCGAAGGGAUCGAUUUUGACCAUCACUACGGUCGCACUGUGCUUUGCAUCGGUGUCCCGUUCCAGUAUACGGAGUCUCGCAUCCUCAAAGCCCGUCUCGAGUUUCUACGCGAAACUUACCGCAUCCGGGAGAACGACUUCUUGUCAUUCGAUGCUAUGCGACAUUGUGCGCAGUGUCUCGGGCGUGUCUUACGAGGCAAAGAUGACUACGGCAUCAUGGUGAUGGCAGAUAAGCGAUUCGCAAAGAAGCGCACACAGCUGCCGAAGUGGAUCUCGAGUGCACUCCUGGAAUCUGACUCACAGAUGUCGGUGGACCAAGCCGUAGCUUCUGCAAAGAAGUUCUUAAAGGUGAUGAGUAAACCUUUUCCCGCAAGACUGCAGGAAGGCGUCAGCACAUGGAGCUAUGAGGAUCUUAUGGAGCACAAGCGGAAGAUGGAGUCGGAGAAGGAGCGCGAGGUGCGCAACGGGCAGGCAAACGGUGACGGGUAUCAUCUCCAUGGCGAUCAGAUCAUGGCGGAGGCGCAGGCUGUGGAGGACGAGAUGGAUAUUGACGAUGACAUGGACGCAGCGAUGUUGGAGCUGGACGCCGGCAGAGCAGCCUGAGGCCGCUGCAAGUGCUUCCUACCCAACCCUGUCAUCGACGAGCGUACAUUUCCGCCGACGAGAUGGCACCUUUCACGAGCCAUCGGUUAAUGCUCCACCACUAUGAGUGGCCCUUGAGCUUGCCAAGUGAUGGUUGCUUUAGCUUGAGAACGUGCAUCACCGUGCAUGCGAACACGGAAGCUUGUCGUGCUCGAGGUGAAAUCAGUCUCCCGCCAGUCAGCGCGAGCGGACCGAAAUGAGACUAGCGCUGCAAAUCUAGUGGGCGCCACCAAACGUACCUUCGCUGCACAUGCCCUCGAUCCUGGCUGGCACGCCUUCUGUAUCACUGACUUUUCUCGCUAAUCUGAUUCGCUGCGAGGCAGGAGUGCGUGCCUUUAUCGCAUGGCAACAAUGAACGUGGGGCCCUUUCCGCCGCAGCAGCCUGCAGGGUUUGCCUUUAACGCUCAGUCUUAUCCCUCCCUUUAUGGCGCCGCCUCACCUGGAAUUGCGCAAGCGCAGCA